AAGGGAGCGCGUUCAUUCUCGAUAACGCCAGCGGUAUUAACUGAACGGUGUACGUGUGGAAGAUCCAUUUUGAUUUUGGAGGAAAGCGCGAAGAAGAGUAGAAUGGAAGAUGUUCCAAGGGGUGGCUUUGGAGGUGGAAGAGGUCGUGGUCGGGGUGGCCCUGGUAGAGGUGGACCACCACGAGGAAGGGGUGGAUACGGUGACGGCAUGAGAGGUUCAAGUCGUGGAAGAGGAAUGAUGCGCGGCGGACCCCCGAGUCGAGGUGGCAGGGGAGGACCUCCCUCAAGGGGGGGUAGUAGUAUGGGCCGUGGUGGAGCAGAUCAUGGAGGAGGUAGUGGUGGAUUCACACCAGGGAGGGGCAGAGGUGGUAUGGGAACAAGAGGCCGUGGUGAAUUCGGUUCUAGAGGUGGUGGUGAUGGAAGAGGAACUUUUACAAGAGGAAGAGGUAGAGGAAUGGACCGCGGUGGACGAGGACGUGGUGGCUUUGAUAGGGGUGAUAGAGGUGGGAGAGGAGGUGGUGACAGGUAUGGUGGACCUCCAGGUAAGAGAGGAGGUAUGAGCCAAGGAGGCCCAACACCAAAGCGUGGCAGAUUUGAUGGAGGUCCAGGGGCUAAUGGAUACAUGACACAUCCUCCAAGCUAUGGCGGUUAUGAAUCUCAAGUGUUACCAACGUCCAAUAACUAUUCAUCACCCAGUGCUUCAUAUUAUGGGGGAGAUCCAAAUGCUUAUCAGCCCCAGUCAUUCCCGCCUGAGCACGGUUCUGCUCAUUAUGAUGCUCCAGUAAAUGAACCACCUGCAUAUGGUGCACCACCAUAUGGGCCAGGGUCAGGUUCAAAUCAGUCAUAUGGGGGUGGCUAUACAAGCUCAGGCUAUGAUGGCGGAGAUUAUGCAUAUAAUGCUCCACCACCAGAUACACGAACAGGUUAUGGUGCUCCUCCCCCAGCACCUUCUGGUGGCUAUUCAGCAGCACCACCAGAGCCGUAUCCAUCCUACAACAAACCAGCACCAGCUCAUGAUGCUUAUGGUGGUGGUUACAGCAGUGGUGCUGGAUACAACACUGCAUCUGGUUAUGAUGAUAGAGGAUAUUCAACAGGUGCUUACGGUGGCAGUUCUGCUGGCUAUGGCCAAUCACGUGAUUAUGGCGGUCAGUCACGCCGCUACUAAGAACAAACAAAAUGACUCAGUGUACUGUUAUGGCCCUUAACCUGAUAAUGGUGUGAUUAGUGAGGCCAUUGAGUAUCUGAUUUCUUGCAACUUUGUGGUGUCCCUAACAAAAGUGAUGUUUAAAGUAGCACCUUACAGUUUUAAGACUUUCUUGCUAUUUUAAUGAAAGGAAGAUCUGAACUGAUUACCCCAUAGGUUCUACAGUUUCUUUAAUUAAUGUAGAGUUGUGGUUUCUAGUGCAGCAUACUUCAAGAAAUGUGUAGAUUGUGGGUAUUUCUUCUUACUGCAAGGUGUCUUUUAGAUUAUACAUGUAUAAGAGUAACUGUGGCAUGACAGAUGCCAGUAGUAAUUUAUUUCGAAGAUUUUUACUUAGUUCUUGGCACACAAAAUUUAUACACACUUUUUUUCUUUCACUUGACUGUUGGCCUGCAUUUGUAUCAUAAGUAAAUUAUCAGAAUGACAGUUAACAGUUCUGUUAUAUAGUGGAGUAAUGUCAGAUGGUAUUUGGAAUUUGUUGAAUUCCAUGUUUCAUAGCCGCCUUUAAACAUUGUAAUGAACAUGACAACAUUCCAGCAGUUUUUGUAUUUAUUUUUGAAGAACAGCUUGUCAGCAGUUACAGAUAAAAGGACAACGAAAAGGAUUAUUUGAGACAGUGGUUUUAUUACUUGACAGUUAAUAGAUCUGUUGAUUUGUUUGUAUCUAAAAAUGUUCAUGUUCAGUAAUUAAAUCAAUAAAACAAAAAUGACAUACUAAUAACAAAAUGA